AUGUCUGUCCGUGUGGUCGCAAGAAUCCGCCCUCUCCUUCCCAAGGAGCUGGAAAGAGAUGCCAUUGUCACGGCUGCCAGCACCGAUGAUGGGAAGCCGCCGACAUUGGUGAAGAUUCCAAACCCAAAGAAUGAAUCAGAAGAGUUUUCCUUCGCGUUCAACAGCGUCUACGAUCAUUCCACAACACAGGAACAGCUCUUCACGGCAGAGGUUGCUCCUCAUGUCAAAGCUCUCUUUCAGGGAAUUGAUGUCACCAUAUUUGCAUACGGUGUCACCGGCACCGGCAAGACGCAUACCAUGAGGGGUGGCCUGAAGCUCGCCGAUCGAGGUGUCAUCCCCCGAUUGCUGAGCAGCAUCUAUCGGCGAGCGAAGAAGAUCAUGAAGGACUCCGAGGGUCAGACGACGGUUGACGUCUCCAUAUCAUAUUACGAGAUUUACAAUGACAAGGUCUUUGACCUGCUCGAGCCUCUCGAGAAGCGCCUCCCCGCCGGUCUCCCACUUCGAGAGAAGGAUGGGAAGACUAUGGUGGUUGGCUUGUCGGAGCGGUCAUGCGACAACCUGAAGGACUUGGAAGGGCUCUACCUCCAUGCCGAGAAGAAUCGGGCUACGGCAGCCACCAAGCUGAAUGCCCACAGCAGCAGGAGUCACAGCGUGCUGCAGAUCAAAGUCACCCAGACGACGGGCGAUCAGGUGAAGACGUCAACCGCGUCUGCCAUCGACCUGGCCGGGUCGGAGGACAACAGGAGGACAGACAACGGCAAGGAGCGGUUGGUCGAGUCGGCGGCCAUCAACAAGAGCCUCUUCGUCCUAUCCCAAUGCAUCGACGCCAUCUCCCGCGGAGACAAGCGCAUCCCCUACAGAGAGUCGAAGAUGACCCGGAUCCUGAGUCUCGGCCAGAACAACGGCAUCACCAUUAUGAUCCUGAACCUGGCGUCGCUCCGGAGCUAUCACCUCGACACGCUGAGCAGCCUGAACGUGAGCUCUCGCGCCAAGCGAAUCGAGGUGCGGGAGAUCGAGAACGAGGUCGUAUUCAAGCAGGUCCCUCGCACGGCCUCCAACAGCGGCGGGUUGAGCAUGGCGCGCCAGCCCUUGCGGCCUCUGUCGAAUGCCCUCAAUGCUCAUAACGUCCACAGCGGCGUCGCGGCUUCCAAGGCGACUGCGACGAGCGAUCCGACGAAACCGGCCAAGGCAUUUAGUGUGUAUGCCGACCGAGCAUCGAAGCCUGCCGCUCCGGCCCCGAGAUCGGCCCCCAAUACCUCUCAGCUGCGCAAGCGGCCGUCGGAUUCCGGGCAAGCCGCUUCUGCUGCCCUCCGGGUCUCCAACAAGUCGGGAUUGAGUCGUCCCGGGCAAACAACGCAAUCCAAGUUGUCCAUCUCGGCCGAACAGCUCGAGUCCAUGGUCGAGAAGAAGGUCAACGAGAUCUUGGCCAUGCGGUCGAAUCAACAAGUCGCCCAGGCUGCUCCAGCGCCCGCAUCCGCCCAUCCCGACAUCAACGACGCAGUCCAGAAGCGCCUGGAAGCUCUGGAGCGACGGAUUGAGCAGGACGAGCGCAGGGACGACACGCGGUCCGACGGCCUCCGGUUUCUCCUGUCGGCGCGUCAAGCCAAGGAACGCGGCGACGAUGCGGGCGCUUUGGAGAUGUACGAGCUCGCCCUGCCUUACUUCCCGGGCCAGGCGAAGCUGCUGAGCAAGAUCGAGAAGCUGCGAGUCCGUCUGGGUCUCCCGACCGCCGUGGCUGCUGCUACUACGACCGAGCCCGAAAAGGCCGGGAGAAAACGGCAGCGCAGGGUCCCGGCCGCCGACGAGGGGGAGUAUGACGAGGCGGAAGCCGACGCCGAAGGGGACGAGAGCUACGUGGGUGGUGCGGCCCGCGAGCAGUCCAGGGCGCGGAACCACAAGUCGUCGUCGUCGAAGCGGGCCAAGGUUGCUGCUGCUACUGCUACUUCUGCUGCUGCUGCUCCUGCAUCUGAAAACGAGGGGCCUCUCAGCCCCCGAUCUCAGGAGCUGCUGGACAUCUUCAACUCGCGCGACCUUGGACGCAUUCAGGGCCUGCAUGGGGUUGGGAGCAAGAAGGCAAGGGAUCUGGUCGACCACCUCUCCCUGAUGGCCGAGGAGGGUUGGGCGCCUGUCCGGAAUUUGGCGGAUCUCACCACUAUCCCUGGGAUGGGCAGUCGGACUGUGGAGAGGGCGUAUGAGGGGCUCGUGGGGACUAUCUAA